GAACCUCAGUCUACUAUAAGCCAGUCACAUGUCUAUCCUUUUGUGUGCAGCCAUGUCUGGAAACUCCAUAUUUUGCCCAGCCAACAGCGAACUCAACACAGACGACCUGCUCAUAGAUUGUCUUGGGAUGCGCUUCACAUGGCUUCAUGCGGUGUUUGAUAAUUUCCCUGGGCUCCUGAGGUUUACUCUGAAGCUCAGGUGCUCCGCCCGUCUGUGCCCGCGCCACAUGGAGGAUUACGGCUGCUCCUGCAGACACCUGGCAGUGGGAGACCCAGUAGACGCCAUGGAUGGGUGUUGUCAUACACACAGAGCAUGUUAUCAGGCAGUGACGGCUAAACCAUGCCGACAGGAACUUCUAACCCUCUCCGAAAACGUAACCUGUGGCGAGGAAAAUAUCACUUGUGUGUUGCUCAAUAAUGCCACGGACACAAGGGAGGUCUUCAAUGAAACAGACGUGUACCAACUAAAGGACACUUCCAUGGGUAAUGACACGAAUGUUGGUGACACAAAUGCUGGUGACCCAGUGACCACACCGACUGACCUGGCCACCCAACCACCCUUUGAAGAUGUGAAUGUGACGGGGGCGGGACUGGAAGACAAGGAGAAGGAUGAACAUGUGACAGAGAACACUCAUUUAGCAGGAAACAACUCAGGAUCCUCAACUGAGACCAGUCCGGCACCUCAGCAUACAACACCAUCAAGAACUACAUCUCCCAGAGAGCUGACCACAGCUGAGGACUCACAGGAAGAGAAGGAGCAUGAGGAGCAGGAAAGGCCGUUGUUCCUGCCUCAAGUGGACUCUGUUUUUGAAGGAGAAGAGGAGGAGGAUGAGGAGGAGGAGGAAGAACAGGACGAAGAGGAUGAAAACCAACACGGUAAACCGAAACCUCUCUUGGACAACCACCGUACCACAACCCUCAACCACAGGGACAACCACCGUACCACAACCCUCAACCACAGGGACAACCACCGUACCACAACCCUCAACCACAGGGACAACCACCGUACCACAACCCUCAACCACAGGGACAACCACCGUACCACAACCCUCAACCACAGGGACAACCACCGGGAAAGAAAGACAACCUCAGAAACAAACUCAACACCUGCAACAUCACCACCAUCUCACCAGACUACCAUCACAACACAACCCAGGCCUGAAAUCCACGUGUCUUCAACAACACUGUCACACACAACCCCUGGAGAUGCGUCGGUAGAGGAGGAGGAGGAAGAUGAGGAAAAAGACAAAGAACCCUGCGACGAGGAAGAUCAGCUCGAUAGCUCUCAGGAGAAUCACCCAGACGGCCAGGGGAGGGUCCAGAGACGAGCCGUGCCUUUCUUCGCCUGGUCUCUCCUCGAAUCCAUUGGACUAUCGGAAGCUCAGCUCCACGCUGACAGCAAAGAGUGCAGUGGCUCCUUCACUCAGUACGCCAGCGAUGGCCGUGCCAGGCUAGAGAUGCCCGCUCUGGGGGAGAUGCUGCGCUGCCUGACGGGCCGCUGCCCACACGAGUACGAGAUGUACGGCUGCUACUGCGGCCAGGAGGGCAAAGGUCAACCCAUGGACCAGCUGGACAGGUGCUGUUUCUUCCAUCGCUGCUGUCUGCUUCAGAUCAGGUCCAUGGGCUGUAAGAGAGACAGGAAACUCAACGCAGGCAUCUCCUGUGAGAAUCGGAAACCCCGCUGCCAGGGGGUCAGUGUGUGCGACAAGCUGCAGUGUGUGUGUGACAGGACCAGUGCGGAGUGCAUGGCGGCGGCCCAGUUCAACCACAGCCUCCCGUCCCCCCAGUGCCAGGGCCCCCGGCCCCCGUGCCGACGGGCCAGCAAGCCCCACAAAACGCAGCCCCCUCCGGCCAAGUCUAGUGAGGAGAGUGAGGAGCAGGCGGGAGGGGGGUCACACAAGGGUGGCGGAGGGCAGGACUCGAGGCAGGGGAGUGAAACACACACACAGACUUCAGUCCACAGCGGACAAAGUUUUGAAGGCAGCAACGAGCCCAAAGACCAGAUGGUGUCCAGCAUCCCCCACCAGCCCCCACGCGGCCCUCACCCCCUGACACCAACGAACUCCAGUGAAGAGGCCUUGGAGAUGGGGAGAGACCGACCUCAACCUGAGGCCACUGGGGGUCAAAGACCACCAACACAGAGCAUGGUCCAACCUCACAACCCCGGACCUAGCAGGCCGGGCAUGGUUCAUGUUCAUGGGAGGCCGGUAGGGACGGAGGUGAAGGAGGAGGAAGAGGAUCUGUCAUAG